CGCGCACACACUCUUGCUCUCUGCCACGAUGUCCGGACGCGCUUUUCUCUCCAACGAGGUCGGGAUCAUGUAGUUCCUGGUCAGGCUUGAGAAAAAAAUCCGCCACCGGGGAACUUGAUGAGACCCUCAGACUCUCAUCAGCCUGAACUCGGCUGGUGUGAUGAGCCUGAGAGGCUCCUAUGUUUUCAGUGACGCUGGACUGCCGCGCCGCGCCGCACCACACCGCUCACUGUGAAGAGCUGACAGAAGCGGAGAAAAGCCCCCAACAACAACAACAACAACAACAAAAACAACAAACAAACAAAUACAAAACAAACAUGCGCUUCUCUCUUGUGGAGUCACCCGCAGAUGUCAUCGGGGUUUAGAGGAAUUUACCGACUCUGUCGGGACAAAGAUUCACUCUGUCCUAUUGCAGCAGAAACGGAAAAAAGUGGAUACUGGAUUGAGUCUUCUUUUUUCCUUUAUGGAUGUUGAUGCGGAGCUGAUUGUAUGGGUGAAUUUAACAAAAUAAUGUUAACGCGUGACCAGCAGCUGGGGACAUCUACCUGACCUGUGAAACCAGAGAGGAAACGGAGAAAAUAGGUGUCGGACCACGUCACAUUCACUCAGGGUUGAAGAAAUUUAACAGGUUUUUCGGGUUAAUGUGAAACUGAAGCAGCAGAGACUCUGAAGUUCUGCCUCACACAGGCACACUCACCACAUGAAACUGUACCACAGGAAAACCUCAGGGUCGGUGCUCGUAGGUGGGACCGCUCGCUGUGGUCGACGGUGCCCUGGGUGACAAGACUCCAUGUUCUGGCUCAUCCUCCCUUCGCCACACAACCUCCAUAGCCUUCGCAGCCACCCAGGCACUGAGCGUGCAAUAUUACUGCUCUAUUCCCCUGUAGUUCUACUAACCACAAGAUGGCAACCUGUUUUAAGACCCUGACCUCCAGUUACUACUUGUUCUCACUGCUUGUGCUGAAGAGCUGCUUGCUCCUAGGCACCACCUCCCAGAAGCCCCUUGUGUUACCAGACGCCCAGCAGCCUCUGCAGGAGUACGCCCACUCCAUCCGUCUGGAUGGCGACAUCAUCCUUGGUGGCUUGUUCCCUGUGCAUUCUCGUGGCGAGAGGGGUGUUCCCUGCGGUGAGCUCAAGAAGGAGAAAGGCAUCCAUCGACUGGAGGCUAUGCUGUUUGCCAUCGACCUCAUCAACAAGGACCCAGAGCUGCUUCCCAACGUGACACUCGGGGCACGCAUUCUCGACACGUGUUCACGUGACACCUAUGCGCUGGAGCAGUCGCUCACCUUUGUCCAGGCGCUCAUUGAGAGGGAUGGCUCUGAUGUCCGCUGUACUAAUGGAGACCCGCCCAUCUUUGCCAAGCCAGAUAAAGUGGUGGGUGUCAUCGGGGCGUCAGCCAGCUCUGUGUCAAUAAUGGUGGCCAACAUCCUGCGACUGUUCAAGAUUCCACAGAUCAGCUAUGCCUCAACGGCUCCUGAACUCAGCGACAACACCCGCUAUGACUUCUUCUCUCGUGUGGUUCCUCCAGACUCCUACCAGGCUCAAGCCAUGCUUGACAUCGUCACAGCGAUGGGCUGGAACUACGUGUCCACACUUGCCUCUGAGGGAAACUACGGGGAGAGUGGUGUUGAGGCCUUUGUCCAGAUUUCCAGAGAGUCAGGUGGUGUGUGUAUUGCUCAGUCUCUGAAGAUUCCUCGGGAGCCGAGGCCCGGCGAGUUUGAUAAAAUAAUCCUCCGUCUGCUGGAGACGCCCAAUGCCCGCGCUGUCAUCAUGUUUGCCAACGAAGACGAUAUCCGACGAAUCCUGGAUGCCGCAAAACGCAACAACCUGACUGGUCACUUCCUGUGGGUGGGCUCUGACAGCUGGGGCUCCAAAAUAUCUCCCGUGGUCCAGCAGGAGCAGGUGGCCGAAGGCGCCAUCACCAUCCUCCCCAAGAGGGUGUCUGUGGAUGCAUUCGACCGUUACUUCAAGAGCCGCUCUCUGUCCAACAACCGCAGGAACGUCUGGUUCGCUGAGUUCUGGGAGGAAAACUUCAGCUGUAAGCUGGGGAUGCACGGCAAGAGACCUGGCAGCCCCAAGAAAUGUACAGGGCUGGAGAAAGUUGGCCGUGACUCCACCUACGAGCAAGAGGGGAAGGUGCAGUUUGUGAUGGACGCUGUUUACGCCAUGGCCCACGCUCUGCACCACAUGCACAGAGAGCUCUGCGCAGGAUACCCCGGCCUGUGCCCACGCAUGGCCAACAUUGAUGGCAAGGAGCUGUUGGCCCACAUCCGUGCAGUCAACUUCAAUGGAAGUGCAGGGACUCCGGUCACCUUCAAUGAGAAUGGUGAUGCUCCUGGACGCUACGACAUCUUCCAGUAUCAGAUUAACAAUAGAUCGACUGCAGAGUACAAGGUCAUUGGGCACUGGACCAAUCAACUGCAUCUAAAUAUUGAGGCGCUGCAGUGGGCUUCAGGUGACUUCACCCUACCGUCCUCGGUUUGCAGCUUGCCCUGUCGCACCGGUGAGAGGAAGAAGGUGGUGAAGGGUGUCUCGUGCUGCUGGCACUGUGAGCGCUGUGAGGGAUACCACUUCCAGGCCAGCGAGUUCACCUGCGAACUCUGCCCCUAUGAAAAACGACCCAACCAGAACCGCACCGGAUGCCAGCCCAUCCCCAUCAUCAAGCUGGAGUGGCACUCACCCUGGGCACUGGUGCCCGUCUUCAUCUCCGUCCUGGGCAUCAUCGCUACAACUUUUGUCAUUGUCACAUUCGUGCGCUACAACGACACACCUAUUGUGCGUGCUGCGGGUAGGGAGAUGAGCUACGUCUUGCUGACAGGCAUCUUCCUGUGUUACAUCACCACAUUCCCCAUGAUUGCUGCACCUGAUGUCGUUGUGUGCUCCUUCCGUCGCAUCUUCCUAGGCCUUGGCAUGUGCUUUAGUUAUGCUGCACUGCUCACCAAGACCAACCGUAUCCAUCGCAUUUUCGAGCAGGGCAAGAAGGCAGUGACGGCACCCCGCUUCAUCUCACCAGCCUCUCAACUUGUCAUCACCUUCUCACUCAUCUCAGUUCAGCUGCUGGGCGUCCUUGUUUGGUUUGCUGCUGACCCACCGCACACUUUUGUGGACUAUGGUGAACAGCGCACGCAGGAUCCCGAGAAUGCUCGCGGUGUCCUCAAGUGUGACAUCUCCGACCUGUCCCUCAUCUGCUCCUUGGGAUACAGCAUCCUCUUGAUGGUCACAUGCACUGUUUAUGCCAUCAAGACACGUGGUGUGCCAGAGACAUUCAAUGAGGCCAAACCCAUUGGAUUUACUAUGUACACCACCUGUAUUAUCUGGCUCGCCUUCAUUCCCAUCUUCUUCGGCACAGCACAGUCGGCAGAGCGGAUGUACAUCCAGACGGCCACGCUGACUGUCUCCCUCAGCCUCAGCGCCUCUGUGUCUCUGGGCAUGCUCUACAUGCCAAAGGUGUACAUCAUCAUCUUCCACCCUGAGCAGAACGUGCCUAAACGAAAACGCAGCUUCAAGGCCAUCGUCACUGCUGCCACUAUGACCAGCAAGCUGUCGCAGCUGGCAGCCGAGCGACCCAACGGUGAAGUGAAGACAGAGCUGUGUGAGGGCGUAGAAGCUAGUGUGCCACCGUCAAAAACCACUUACGUCAGCUACACUAACCACGCCAUGUGAAAAAACAGCGCUUUCCAGAUGGGGAUGUCCUGGGAAACACACUGAUUUCUGUCAGACUACGAGGAGACAUCACCACGGACCGAGCAGAAAUUAGGUGCUCCGAACACUGAACCAACACAUCUGUUGUGUUUUUAUGUUUACAGAAAGCAGGGAACUGGCCUCAACUACGCAAAAAUUAUCAUUAAAAACAAACAAACAAACAGAAAACAUCCAAGAGACUUUAAACAUUAAAAGAAUAAAUGAAAGGAAAGUUAAAAAAUAGUUGGGACCAAUCAUAUUUGUUGUUAUUCUAAUUGUAUGUUUAAAAAAAACUUGGUUGUGGUUGUGAAAAUUUCUGAUUCUUGUCUCAUGUCUGUUCGUCGACCUGCAUUAUGAGAUGAGUCUGUUCUGUUUUUGGCUAACUGAAAGGUAGCUUUUGGUUGUGAAAUUUCAAAAUGCCAUGGUUGAACUGAAGCAUGCCCUUUUUUAUACAAAUGAUCUAUUUAUAAUAAAGGAAUGUUUCUCAAGUCGG